GCGGCGCUGCGGGCUGCGCAGGCGGCUUCCCGGCGGCCCUUGCCCUGGCGCUGGCGCCCAAAUCAAACACAGCCCGGAGGCGGCCAUGUCAAAGAAAAAAGGGCUGAGUUUUGAGGAGAAGAGAGCUCGCAUGAUGGAGAUCUUUUUUGAAACAAAAGAUGUGUUCCAGUUGAAGGAUAUAGAGAAGAUUGCUCCAAAAGAAAAAGGGAUUACUUCAAUGUCAGUGAAAGAGAUUCUGCAAAGCUUAGUUGACGAUGGCAUGGUGGACACUGACAGAAUUGGAACUUCCAACUAUUUUUGGGCUUUUCCAAGUAAAGCUCUUCAUGCUAGGAAGCGUAAGUUAGAAGAACUGCAGUCUCAGCUUGCUGAAAGCAGUCAGAAAAAAGAGGCUCUACAGAAAAGCAUUGAGAAAUCAAAAAUUGGACGUGAAGAUACUGCAGAACGUGCAACGCUGACAGAGGAACUUGCUGCCCUUCGGCAGAAAAAAGAGCAGCUAAAGGCGGAAAUAGACAAAUAUAGAGAAUGUGAUCCAGACGUUGUUGAAGAAAUGCGCCAAACAAACAAAAUAGCCAAGGAGGCAGCCAACAGAUGGACUGAUAACAUCUUUGCAAUAAAGUCCUGGGCCAAGCGUAAAUUCGGAUUUGAAGAGAGCAGAAUUGAUAAAAGUUUUGGAAUUCCAGAAGAUUUUGAUUACAUCGAUUAGUUGUUCGGCAGUCGAUGGCUGACACAAUUGUACAUAGUUUGUUAAAUAUUGCUCAGCUGAUGUUUAAAUGUGUGCUUGAAUCCUCACCAAAAUGACUGAUUGCCCUUUAAUUUGCAGUUUUUGUUAACGUUAAUAAAAUUCUAAAAAUGU